AUGUCUGACUGCCUCAAGGCAACUGGAACGAAUUUCGAAAGUUAUCAAGGAUCUGCCAGAGAAGAGAAGAGCGCUGAGGAGGAUUUGACUGCAUCACAUCUCAAGCGACUAGUAGCCAAUACCAGUUGCAGAACAGCUUUGCGAAAAAAAUCUUUGAAAGGAGAGGAGAAACUUUUGGAAGCAGCUCAAAAACGGAAAAGUCUAAAAAAGUACCGCAGGGGUCUUCUCGACUACCGUUUCCGCUGA